UACGUCCGGGUCUACCAUACCUACAUCCGCUUUCGGUAACAGAUUUCCCAGCCCAUUUCCCCUUAUUCAUCCCUACAAAAUUUGCACACGGAGCUUUCAGCUUCUCCAAACUAAUCCCUUCAACACGUGGAAACAGAAGUGGACUGCAGCCAUGCGGGUGAUUCUGCUGUUCGCCGUGACCGUGCUGUCUCUGAGCCCGGCGGCUGUGAGCGGAGCCGAGAAGAAGAAGCUUCAGAUCGGCAUCAAGAAGCGUGUGGACAACUGCCCCAUCAAGUCCCGGAAAGGAGAUGUGCUGAACAUGCACUACACGGGCAAACUGGAGGAUGGCACUGAGUUUGACAGCAGCAUUCCCCGCGACAGGCCCUUCACCUUCACCCUGGGCACCGGCCAGGUGAUCAAAGGCUGGGACCAGGGUCUGCUGGGCAUGUGUGAGGGCGAAAAGAGGAAGCUGGUCAUCCCCGCCGAGCUGGGCUACGGAGACAGAGGAGCUCCCCCAAAGAUCCCCGGAGGAGCGACGCUCAUCUUUGAAGUGGAGCUGCUCAGCAUCGAGAGGAAAUCCGAGCUUUGAUGAAGAGGAGCGGGAAAAUAAGGCAACUUUCAAAACGUUCCAGGAGCUGCUGUAGCAUUACAUGGAGACCUCUGAUGAAGACUACAUGGAAGAUCUGGGAGUAGAGUUGACAACCCCCAGCAGAGCCACUGUUUAUCUUACUCUGGCUUUGCUUAUUGUGCUCUGAUUUAUUGGUCAGAACUUUAUAUGAUACAAGUAGUGCUGUAAACAUUUGAAGAACCAACAGUGAGCAACUACACCCAGUAUUUGGCAGCGGGUUAAUGAUAAAGUCAUACUUAAAGUCAUCUCAUUUUUGUUUUUAAUUGUCUGUGAUUUAUAAGCAGGUUCAUUCAUAUCUCUACAUUCUUUUGACAAAAUCAUUUAGGUUGUUGAUUUAGUGAGAACUCAGGAGGGGACGGAUUGUGAUAAAUGUUUUCUGUUUUUUUUUUCUCUCUUUACAUGUUUGAAUUUAAAAAAUAAAAUGUUGAUUUGUGGGAAAA